AUGGAUCACCAAAUGACGGAAGAAGUGGCCGCUCGCUUCGAGGAGCUUGCCGCUCUUGAGCACGAAUUCGAAGACGUUGAAGAGGAGAUCAUCCGCCAAGCCGAGGCUCUGCAGGGCCCUCUCUACAAGAAGCGCGCCGACUUCGUGACCAAGAUCCCACACUUCUGGUCGCUCGUGUUCGAGCAGGCGCCGCCCGAGAUCGACAACUUCAUUCAGCCUACCGACUCCAAGGUUUUCGCCGAGUGUCUCGAUACUUUUGAGGUGUCGCGCUUCGAGCUUAACGACCCCAAUGGCUCCCCGCGCAGCUUCUCGCUAAAGUUCGGCUUCACCGACAACGAAUACUUCGAAGACAAGGUGCUCGAGAAGAAGUUCUGGUUCAGGAAGACCAAGGACUGGCAAGGCCUCGUUUCGGAGCCUGUCAAAAUCAGCUGGAAGAAGGACAAGGACCUCACCGGUGGUCUCACGGAUGCGGCACACAAGCUGGGCGAGAUGAGGAAGAAGCUGGCAACCGACACUGCCAACGGUGUUGCGAGGAAAGAGGAAGCCAAGACAAAGGAAUACAAGAACCUGGCCAAGAAGAUCGAAACAGCUACAGACGCCUCUGUUAGCUUCUUCGGUCUCUUCUCUUUCGUCUCCGGCUACCGAUGGGUCAGCGCCCAGGAGUCAGCACAGGCUGCCAAGGAGGAGAAGGAGAGGUUCGAGAAGAUCAGGCGAGGGGAGAAGGUCGAUGACGAGGAUGAGGCUGAAGACGAAGAAGAUCCGCAAGACUACCAGGAGAUCGAGGUCUUCCCAGGCGGCGAUGAGGUUGCUACCAUUAUCGCCGAAGAUAUGUGGCCUAACGCUAUCAAGUACUACAAGGGCACAUUCGACGAAGAUGAAGACGAUGAAGAACUAUCUGACUUGGAUGUCAUGGAUGCUAGUGACGAUGAUGACGACGACGAUCAAGAACCAGUCGACAUUCGCGCAUUGGUAGGCAAGGGCCGCAAGUCGGAGCAAGAGCCGCCCUCAAAGAAGCAGCGCAAGGCUUAG